AUGUAAAAUUUCAUCAAUUUACAAUAAAAGGUAUUGUAUAUUUUGAAAUUAGUCAUUUAUAAAUUUUCUUAGAUCAUCUUGUCCUUUUAGGAUUAUUCUAAAUCAAUUAAGAUUUAGACUAUCUAAUGUUUAGAUCAUUCAUGCGAAGGAUCAAUUUUGA